AGAGUGUUCAAGAAGGCGAGCCCAAAUGGAAAGCUCACCGUCUAUCUGGGAAAGCGGGAUUUUGUGGACCACAUCGAUCUCGUGGACCCUGUGGAUGGUGUGGUCCUGGUGGAUCCUGAGUAUCUCAAAGAAAGGAGAGUCUAUGUGACACUGACCUGCGCCUUUCGCUAUGGCCGGGAGGACCUGGAUGUCCUGGGCCUGACCUUUCGCAAGGACCUGUUUGUGGCCAACGUGCAGUCUUUCCCGCCGGCCCCUGGGGACAAGAAGCCCCUGACGCGGCUGCAGGAGCGCCUCAUCAAGAAGCUGGGCGAGCAUGCCUACCCUUUCACCUUUGAGAUCCCUACGAACCUCCCAUGCUCUGUGACGCUGCAGCCAGGGCCUGAAGACACAGGGAAGGCCUGUGGUGUGGACUACGAAGUCAAAGCCUUCUGUGCAGAGAACCUGGAGGAGAAGAUCCACAAGCGGAAUUCUGUGCGUCUGGUCAUCCGGAAGGUCCAGUAUGCCCCAGAGAAGCCUGGCCCCCAGCCCACAGCUGAGACCACCAGGCAGUUCCUCAUGUCGGAUAAGCCCUUGCACCUCGAGGCCUCCCUGGAUAAGGAGAUCUAUUACCACGGAGAACCCAUCAGCGUCAAUGUCCACGUCACCAACAACACCAACAAGACAGUGAAGAAGAUCAAGAUCUCGGUGCGCCAGUAUGCGGACAUCUGCCUUUUCAACACAGCCCAGUACAAGUGCCCCGUGGCCAUGGAAGAGGCUGAUGACACAGUGGCACCCAGCUCAACGUUCUGCAAGGUGUACACGCUGACCCCCUUCCUGGCCAACAACCGAGAGAAACGGGGCCUUGCCCUGGACGGGAAGCUCAAGCAUGAAGACACGAACCUGGCCUCCAGCACCCUGCUGAGGGAAGGAGCCAACCGUGAGAUCCUGGGGAUCAUCGUCUCCUACAAAGUGAAAGUGAAGCUGGUGGUGUCUCGGGGCGGCCUGUUGGGAGAUCUUGCAUCCAGCGAUGUGGCUGUGGAGCUGCCUUUCACCCUAAUGCACCCCAAGCCUAAAGAGGACCCCCCGCAUCGGGAAGUUCCAGAGAACGAGGCGCCAGUAGAUACCAAUCUCAUAGAACUUGACACAAAUGAUGACGACAUUGUGUUUGAGGACUUUGCCCGCCAGAGACUGAAAGGCAUGAAGGAUGACAAGGAGGCAGAGGAGGACGGUACUGGCUCUCCACAGCUCAACGACAGAUAGGCUGGGGCCCGCCUCCCUCGGGCAGCCCCAGGUCACUUGUGCUCUAGGAUGCUUAUUCGUCUUCCUGUUCUGGUUUCCUCUCCCCUUUGUUCUUCCGGUUUCUGCCAGGGGGCCCCAGUGGUCUUCCAGGUCACGGUGAUGCAGCUCUGGCCCCAGGACUGGCCCCACAUCAUCAUGCAACAGGACCACAGUGCAUCGCCUGCAGCCUCAUCUCUGCGGUCACUGCUCUGUCCC